AAAUAGAGUCGUCAUUCGUCAACUAGUAAAUCUGGUUAAAUCAGCGCGCAAGGCACACUAAUCAUACCGUCGCGCGAUUCGACACGUGGGCGUCGUGGUUACCAUGGCACAGUUUAUUUCACUGUUAGCGGAUGUCUUUUACACGCGAUCAAAUUCUUCCUUUACCAUUAACAUUCGUUGCAAUCUCUGUCACUGUUUACAGUUAUACAUUAGCAAACUUUCAAAAACACAUUAAACGAUGACCAGGAUUAUCCUAUUCAUCUGGGCACUCACAGUGCCGCUUUCCGCUGCUCCAGUUCCACGUUCACUGUAUCUGAAUAUCAGUGACAGCAAUUCUACUUCGGCAUCACCUAUUGAGGAAGUUCUAGAAAUCGCCGGAUCUGAUGAACUUGCAAUAAAAGUUGCUUUUAUACUCAGUUUCAUAGCCGUUUUAUCUGCCAUCCUGCUAGCAUGUCUGAUGGUCGGAUUCUUUGUUAAGACCACGAAGAAGAUUUCAGAACUAGCGAAACUUUUAGAAAGAGAUAACAGCAUUAACAAAGAUCUCGAAAGUGGACUACGAGAAGAAAUGAAACCAGAAGAAGAAAUAGUAAAAUCACAUAGUCAGAUCGACUUUAAACCGACUUUAAAGAACUAUCACAAGCAGCGAAUGCUUAUGAAACUGAAGGAAGGUCAGAAAGGACACCCGCUAGCGAAUAUGACCAGUAUGGAAAAAGUUUCGCAAAGAAAAUGAAGAAGACGACCCCUAAGAAGCCGUAACGAGAGGAACAAGGGGACUACUUUAAAGGUACAGUCCUCCCCUUUUUACUUUUUUAAGUUUUUAGGACGGUCAUCAUCAUAUUUCUUUGACUAAUUUUAACGCCCCAAUUUCUAAAUUACUAAAUUUAGUUAGUUAUCCACAAGUUUAUUUCAGAUUUACCCGGCCAUGGAUGUAUCAGACACGGAGUUGAGCCCAGGAGAGUUGGUAAAGUGUCACUAUCCUUUCCCCAAACAUCAAAAGAAGCUUAUCUGGCCCAACAAAUACAAGUUUAUCCCUCAGGAUCUUGAACCUGGUGAACUUGUUUUCAUUUCCGGGGACGAAAAUGCCAAAUGGUCACCAUACGAAUUCAAAGAAUCGGAUAGCGUUUCACUGUCUUUUGGUGAAGAGAAGGUAGAGAAUGAAACAUCUGGUCAGGAAAUGGAGGAGAUUAGUCGGGAUCCACGGAAGAUGGAACAAUACGCAGUUAAAGAAACAUCGCCCACUUUAACCCCGAAACUUGCGGUACAGAGUUCUUCCAAGAAACCUUCACGCAGACCACCUCCUAAACACAAGAUUAAAAACCAGGAAGUACAAUCAGAGGCCGAAAGAGUUCUUACCAAUCUAGAUGAAAUACUGUCCACAGUGAGUCCUGAAAUCACCAGAUCCAAGCUUGCCACAGCUUAUAGACUUUCGUCUGCGAGGGAAAGAAGAUUGAAUCUAAAAUAUUUAAAAAGAAAUACGGACCAGACUGUGCCGGAUACAGCCACAGAAGAAACACUGAAAAUAGAAAAGAAGGGAGACUCGCUGUGUAUCGAAGUGGAAAGGGAUGAUUUUAUAUCCUCGACUCCCACCAUCCUCCCACCAAACCCCUCUCCUGUCACCCCAGUGCCUCCUAAAGAGUGUCCUCGCAAGCUCUCACCUAAUAAAGUAACACUGUCCGCUCAAAAGCUCUCUGCCACGUCCCAGCUCAAUGAUCCAAAGAUCCGACGUCCAGAAGCAAAGUCCACAUUAACGACUGCUCGGCGUCAACAACCAAAAAAUAAGAACGCUAUAUUAGUGACACAAACUCCUCCGCCAAAACAUGCGAAGAAGAUUAUGUUCCGACCAGGAGCAGUCAGGAAAAGGAAGUCCAUAUUCGGCAAACCUAAGAGUCUCAACUAUUGGACUAUCAUUGCCAACAAAAAACUCCAAAAGAAAAACGAAGCUCUUAUAGCAGAACAUUCUCCGAGCCCAGACCCUAUCCUUCAAAUUCAACGAAAAAGAGACGGGGCUAUCCUGUACGAAUCUCCUCUGAAAUCAAAUCCUUUCGUUAUUCAGAACGGUGUCGUUAUGAGGAAAGAUAACGUGAGCUGAAAGUAACACCACGUUACAUACACAUAUUGUAUAACAAUUGUACACAAAGCUAAACCUGGUUGGAAAUGGAGUAAUCACUAGUAGACCAUUGAUAGAAUUGGAUGAGGUAUCUUUUCAAGAAACAUAGAUAAAAGGAUAAAGAAAGACAGACAGGGUACUACAUUUCAUCACACGA